AUGGAGCGCGCAAAAGCUUGUCCUACUGACCAAUAUGUCAAUGUAGAUAUACAAGAGAAUAAGAAUAAAAUAGCCAAAUCUGCUGUAGCAGACCAGGUCGAGGCCAUGUCAGAGAGUGUGAAAACAUGGUGGAAAGUGAUCAGAAGCGAUACCAACAUCAUAGGUCUCCAAGUUUGGUGGAGAGCGAAAUUCGAGUCCAGCACACUUCCGUCUUUCUCUAGGAUGGCCUGGGCUUCGUCUAAUAAAAUGGGCUGCGCUGUAGAAUCAUGCGGUAACGACUGGCAAGUUGUGUGCCACUACGCCCCAGGGGGAAACAAGGCUGAAGAAAAAAUCUACGUGCCGGGCACAGCCGCCACUCAGUGUCCUACAGGAACAUCCCCCGACAAGACUAUGGGACUUUGCGUCUAA